GAGACACAACCGAGAGAGACGGACGCAAAGACAGAACUAAGAGCAAGAGAGAAACCUGCACACAGACAGACAGACAGACAGACAGUUGGUCAGUCAGUCAGAGGACGGCGGCUCAGGUAUUGGAUGUUAUCUGACGUGACAUGGAGCCGCUGCCGUCCCUGCUGUCCACUCUGAAGACUGUGGAUCCUGGGACUCUGGAUCAGGAGUACAGUGUGGUGCGUUCACAGACCUCUGCACUAAAGAAAGAUCCCAGUUUCAGCACAGAGUCCGGAGCUCUGAAGGAAAACAUCAAGAAGAACAGAUACAAAGACAUUUUGCCAUAUGACCAGUCCCGCGUGGUGUUGUCUCUGCUGACCGCAGACUCUGACUCUGAUUACAUCAAUGCCAGCUUCAUCAAGGGGGUGUCAUCAGACAAACGGUACAUUGCCUCUCAGGGUCCCCUCAGCUCCACCCUGACUGACUUCUGGAGGAUGAUCUGGCAGUAUGAUGUCAAGGUGAUAGUCAUGGCCUGCAGGAAAGUAGAGAUGGGAAAGAAGAAGUGUGAGUGUUACUGGUCUGCACCUCAUCAGUCUGAUGCGUUUGGACCGUUCACUGUGCACAACCAGGGGGAGACACGUCCUAAUGAAGACGUGGUGGUCAGAGAGCUGUCUGUCUCAUACCAGCAGGUCAGCCGUUCAGUGACUCAGUAUCAGUUCCUGUCGUGGCCGGAUCAUGACGUUCCACACGAGGCUGCAGGAGUCCUGGACCUGCUGGAGAGAGUCAGGAACAGUCAGGGAACACACACCUCGCCUCUGCUGAUACACUGCAGCGCAGGCUGUGGGAGGACAGGAGUCAUCUGUGCUCUCGACUACAUCCAUGACCUGCUGGUUACCGAGCGGAUCAACACGACAGACUUCAGCAUCAUGCAGAUCGUCCUGGAGCUCCGGAGACAGAGACCGUCUGCAGUCCAAACCAAAGAGCAGUAUCAGUUCAUCUACACGGCGGCCACCUGCAUGUUGGAGCGAGUCCUGCAGUCAGCCGGCAGCUGUCAGCUCUACAACAACCUGUCGCAGCUGAAAACGCCUGAGAAGAAAACGACAAGAACACCUCUGUCCUCCUCCAAGAGAGCGUCACAGCAGGCUGACAUGAGCGACACGUACGCCGUGGUCAACAAGUCCAAACAUCCUCCCCCAUCAGACCCCGCCUACUCUGUUGCAGCCACGCCCAGAUCCAGCAGGUCGCUGCCUUCGACACAUCACUAUGACAACGAUGUUGCAGGAGCAUCAGCAGCGCCCGUCUACAGCACCGUCAGACCUCGAGCCAAACCUCAUAACCUCACGCUCUCUGCCAUGCCCAUCUAUGACACUGCAACACCAACCAAUCACAUGCUGGGGGAGAGGCCUCCGUCACUAAGCAACAAUGGAGACUAUCACCUGCUGCCAGCUGAUCAUGUUUCUCCUGCUGAUGAUGAUUAUGAAGAUUUCUCCUCUUCAGCCACAGACACGAGCGGCCUCUGCUCACCUGGAGGGAUUGGGUUCAACUGUCGUGUUCAGAAGCCCAGAGGACCCAGAGAUCCUCCAGCUGAGUGGAGCCGACUGGAGAGAUGAACUGGUUAAACUGGACUUUACUGGUAUACAGUGAGCUUUCAGUCUGGGAUGGAUCUGUGCUUUUAUUUUAUCAGGAACUGAUCUGAACUAAAGAGAGAUGAUGUACGGAAGCUGAGAAUCACCAAACUUUACCUUGAGAUCAUGAGUUAAUUAUUUUGUCAUCUCGAGAUAACUGCGCUCAUUUUCUCUUAUUUUACUCAGCACAUCAAAUGUGAGAAAUUACUGCUGGAAUAUGUGUAUUUCUUUGUCCCUUUUGGCCGCUCCGAGCACCCAUACUGUAGCACCAAGUCUAGCACGAUUUCAGGAAAACAAAAGUCCUUAUUCUCUAAAAUGAUCGUGUUAUCUGGAGAGAAGGAGCGCAGCAAUCUUGAGAUGACAAAAAUAUUAACUUGUGAUGUUGAGAAAACAAAAGUUGCUGUUUUGUGAUGAAUUAUUUCGUUAACUCUUGUGAAAAGCAUAAAUAAUUCUCAGUUUCCGUAGAGACGUAUGGUCAGGUAUGGUGAGGUUUUGUUGUGUGUGAUUUGUUGUUCUGUCUCGUUGCUGUUAAUCUGAUCGUCACUGAUCGGAUCAGUUUCCUGUAAAUAUCUCGUGUCUUCAUGUUCAACAUCUAUGCUCCAAUCUCUGUGUUAUAAAUGAUUUUAAAACUUUUGUUUCAA